AGCACGGAAAACCAAAACAAUGCUUUAGUCUCGCGAGUUUACUGCUUCCGUUCGGUUGGGUCGUGACGGUCGGGCUGCCGCCAGAUCAUGCUUGGGGCCCCGUUGGACGGUGCGUCUCCAUGGUGAAAAAGGAUCACCACGUUACGCUUAACCGUUUGUUACGCGGUUUACGCCGUACGCGCGACCGUGACCGUGAAUACGUUUGGGUACUUAACUGACACGAGUGCAUAGUUAUCUCAUCGUGUGCGCGCGUGAGUGAAUCCUUAGUGGUGUAAUAUAGAAAAGAAAGGCACACAGAAAGUAAAAAAAAAACGAUCAAAACAAAAGUGCGUGCAAAAACAUGCGAAAAUAAAACACGAAGUCAAAGGUCUGUCUGUGUAGACGUUGGGUAAUUUAUCACACCACAGGGCCGAAUAUUUAUCCCAUCUCGUGCAAUGCGUAUCUUCCCGCUUGAGCCCCUGGUGCGGUUACGUAAAAUGAUCGAACACCGAUCAAUUACUUCCUUCUUUUUGGUGCAUUUAUCGUGGCGCGUUGUUCGUUAAACAGUUCGAUCAAAGAAAGCAAAAACGAAUAUAACUCAACAUUAAACAGUGCGUCUCCAUGGUAACGGUUGUGCGUGCGUGCACGAUCAUAGUAGUCGAGCCAUUCUCGGAAACAUGCGUUUCGCGCCCUUUUCUGUGUCAUUGCUGUCACAUGGGUGAUGUCGACGCGGAAACCAAAACAGAAUAAAAAUCCAUUCGGUACGGUUAUUACUAACCCAUCCUAAGUACAUCCUGCUGCCUGGAAGUGCAGCAACAGUGUGUGUCAAUAAAAAAAAUCAAAAACGUGCGAAAAAUCUUGCAACCAAAUUGGGCGCGCACUGAUUGCAAUCAGGGUUGUAACGAAACGAUACGUGGUGUAAUUUAAUUAUCCGCUUUUUUCAUUGUUGCUGCUCGAGUUCCUGCGGGCUUGCAAGUUAUCGGCACGGCACUUUAUCACGCGGUUGUUAUCUCGUGCAUGUAUUUGUUUGUUGUUCGGCCUUUUUUUUUGUUAUUUGCGUGCUGUGUUGUUUGUGAACCGAUUUCAUGCCGGUGGUUGAUAGUCGUGAAAUGUGUCGUUUCGUCGGGAAGGAAGAAUUGCGUGUUCCGGGCGCAUUUCGGGUGUGUGUGUGUGUGAAAGAGUGAGAUAAAAGAAGCAAAUGAUAAACUAACAAAGUCGCGCUAAAUAGCUGCCCAAAUAGGGUUUCUUGUAUGCGAGUGUGUGUGGGGGUGCGUGUAGCUGUUUGAUGAUAAAGCAAUAAAAGCUUGUGCAUAACAGUAGCCCCCGUGUGGAGUGUGUGAUACUACCAAAGAUAGUAGAUCGUGUGGGAAUACAGAAGGGGUGUGAGUGAGAGAAGAAGGAAACACAGAGCUCUAUCACUGUGAAUAUAAGUUAAUUUAGAAACAAACAGAAAAAUGUCGUACAACGCAGAUGAUUGUCCCGAUAGUGGCGAUACGGUCGGUGCCGGUGGCAGUGGCACGACCGUCGAGUUAAAUUGCGCGACACCGACCUCACCCGGGAUGACGCGGCAGGAUGCGGUGGUGAUGCACGGUGACGGUGGUUCGAUCGAUGGGGGCGAUCCGGCCACCAGUAUACCACCGAUGGCCGGCUACGAACCAUGCGAUCCGCUAAUUAUCUUGAAUCUAUUUCAAUCCCUUUCCGCCACCACCAACUCGCUGGAGCUGCAGAUGAAAAUCAAUCUUCACCUGAAAGCCCUCACCAGAUCACCGUACGUCUUUCUCGUGCCAAUCCUACACUCCAGCGAGGAAGGUCUCAUACAGGUCAUUAACGAUAACGUGCUCGAAAAGGAGAUUCGCUUUUCCAUUAAUUCGUCACAUUUCCGCAGUGGCUCACAUCACAAUGGCUACCCGUUCGUCAUUGAUGACCUCAACAAGGAUUUUUCCGAAGUGAUCGAAAUGGUCGUCGGCAACAAGCACAACACCCUGAUCUACGACAUCCUAGGUCCGAAGGUAAGCAAACUUCAGUCACAAACAUCGACGACAUCGGCCUCCUCUACGUCAUCGCUGAACGAGCUGAGCUUCACGUCCGUCCAGCAGACGCAUAAUGGCGCAACAAUGGUCGCACCGCACCAGCAACAACAGAUCGCACUGUUCGUCUGCAUUGCCGGCGACAGUUUGUCCCGAUCGCGCUAUCAGUUCUACAUCGACGAUACGUUCCGGUACGUACUCGGACACCUGGUGACGGCGUUCGAGCUGUACGAGGAGAAGCGUGUGCGUGAUCAGUGCCAAAAUUUGCUACAAGUGGCUCGCCGGUUGCUGGGAAAGAUAGGUGAUCUGGGACAGUUGCUGCGGGGCGUUAUGACGGAGGCCAAGGAACUGGCGGCUGCAGAACGAUGCUCUCUAUUUCUGCUCGACAAGCAUACUGGCGAACUGGUAUCGAAGGUUUUCGAUGGCAAUGAGGCUUCGAAAGAGAUACGCAUCGAAAGUGGCAAAGGGAUCGCGGGUUACGUCGCACAAACUGGCAAACUGCUAAACAUUCGCAACGCAUACCAACAUCCACUGUUCUACAAAGGGGUAGACGAAUCGACCGGCUUCAAAACGAGGAAUAUACUCUGUUUUCCCAUCUGCGACGAGGAAGGCGUUAUCGGUGUGGCCCAGUUGUGCAAUAAGUUGAACGGAUUCCAUUUCGACAAGUGCGACGAAGAGGUGGCGACCGCAUUCUCCGUGUACUGUGGCAUCAGUAUUAUGCACGCACUGGUGCACAAACAGGUCCAGAAGGCUGAGGCACGGUACAAACUAUCCCAAGAGUUGCUUCUCUAUCACAUGAAGGUACCGGAUAUGGAGGUAAAUCACGCAAUAGAAGCGGUGAAGGAACCGGACCGGGAGCAGGACGAACUUUACCAGACCUUUCCACGCUUUGACUUCUGUCCGCGGGAUGUGAAAGAUCAUGCACUUUCGGUGCAGCUGGCGAUGCGAAUGUUCUACGAUCUGAACUUUGUCGGUAGCUUCAAGAUACACGAGUAUAAGCUGGCCCGGUUUGUGCUGCUGGUGCAGAAAGGUUACCGGGACACACCGUACCAUAACUGGUGGCAUGCAUUCUCCGUUGCGCACUUUGCGUACUCGCUCAUGAUGAAUCUACGGUUGAUUGAGCGUGGCAUUAUAACUAAAAUGCAGGGCUUUUCAUUUCUGAUUGCGGCCUUCUGUCACGAUCUGGAUCAUCGGGGCAUUAGCAACUCGUAUCAGACGCAAACGAGCAGCCCGCUGGCACGGCUGUACAGCAGCGAGGGAAGUGUAAAUGAGCGUCAUCAUCUUUCACAGGCUAUCUGCAUCCUGAACGAUUCGAGCAGCAAAAUACUGGACGGACUAUCGACGACGGAGUUCAAGGAGUGUAUCGACUAUCUGCGGGAACUUAUAUUGGCUACCGAUCUGGCGAACCAUUUCCGCAUUUUGCCACGGUUGAAGAAGCUGCGGGCAGAGUACUUGACCGAAGGUUCCAACCAACGGCUGCUCCUAUCCCUCAUGAUCACCUGCUGCGAUCUGAACGAUCAGAUUAAGUCCUGGAAAACGGUGCAACAUGUAGCGCACUUGGUCUACGCAGAAUUCUUCGCCGAAGGUGACCUGGAAAAGCAGAUGGGUCUUCGACCGAACGCCAUGAUGGAUCGCAAGAAAGCCUGCAUACCGAUGCUUCAAAUCGAAUUCCUUACCACCGUCAUUCGGCCGACGUUUGAAAUAUUGGUGCAAAUUUUCCCAGAAACUGAUUCAUUCCUGGACACGAUCGAUAGCAAUCGUGAACAGUGGGAAAGGGUACGAAACCGGGCGGCAGCACAGCAGCAAGGAAAUGGCAGCGAAAUGGCAUCCGGCAAUGGUGCAUCCGAACCGUGCAAUGGGUGUAACGCGACUGCCGAAUGUUGUGAUUUUACCUGCUACACCAAGGUGAACGAUUAACCUGGACAAUUUGUAACGGAAGGAAGAGGUUUUGUUAGUACAAGAUUGAGGUUUAGGGAAGGACACGAUGAAAGACAGUUUUAAUUUAUUUGACAGUAUUUGUAAUAGCAUUGUUAUAUUUCUUUCCUGUACGUCAUCGAUAUCCCUUCAGAGAUCUGCAAUGGACAGGGUUUUCUAGUUAAAGUGAAGCUGAAGGAUCCAUUUUUGGAUUCUUUUCAAGUUAAUCUAGAAUUUGUUGAGGUAGAUCUGGAAUCUAACUUUGCCACUUAAACUAGGAAACUCUACAGGAUGCAACUCGCAUAUUCACAUCCCUCAGAACAAGACGAUACAGGAAAGAGAGGAUUGUUUGCUGGCAAACAGAUCGUUUACGUUAUGUUCACUUUCGCACAGUCAAACCAGUUAAACUUAACGCACAAAAAGAACAACAACAAUUCACAAGCACAACCACACGUCAGCACUACGAUACCAAAGGAUUCGGAUUCAUCCUGCAGCAGACCUACGCGUAUCACACGUGUCCGGUUGCGCACGAUGUUACGAAACAACACACAAAAAGGGCAAACAUAGUAGUGGAAGUUUAGUUAUUAGAUUGGAAGAAAAGGCUGCAGAGUAGGAGGUAGAGUAGAAUUUAAAAAAUGUUGUACUAGAAUCGAUCAGCCCAUUAGUGCGGUUGCGGUGAUGACCCGUAGCGAUUCCAUUCAAUGUGUAAAAUUCAAGCUGAGGGUGAAAAAAUGGGUGAACAAAUGUUCAAUGAAAGGGAAAGUCACAACAACUUAGCCAAAAUCAAGGAAUGAGCCAUGAGAUAGCAAAGAGAACAAUUUUCGUGGAUAAUAGAUGUAGAAUAAAUAAAAUAAUUAAAAAUUUCACAA